CACCACAGCUAUGACCCUGAGCACGGAGAUGUCCGAUGCCUCCGGCCUCGCGGAGGAGACAGACAUCGACGUGGUGGGGGAGGGCGAGGACGAAGACGACGAGGAAGAGGAGGACGACGACGAGGGCGGUGGUGGCGGGCCCCGGCUGUCUGUACCCGCGCAGCGGCGGCGGCGGCGCUCGUACGCCGGGGAGGACGAGCUGGAGGACCUGGAGGAAGAGGACGACGACGAUGACAUCCUGCUGGCCCCGCCUGCUGGAGGGUCCCCGGCGCCCCCGGGUCCGGCCCCGGCGGCGGGGGCGGGAGCCGGUGGGGGCGGCGGCGCGGGCGCGGGCGGCGGCGGUGGCGGCAGCGGCGGGAGCGCGGGUAGCGGCGCCAAGAACCCGCUGGUGAAGCCGCCCUACUCGUACAUUGCGCUCAUCACCAUGGCCAUCCUGCAGAGCCCCAAGAAGCGGCUGACGCUGAGCGAGAUCUGCGAGUUCAUCAGCGGCCGCUUCCCCUACUACCGGGAGAAGUUCCCCGCCUGGCAGAACAGCAUCCGCCACAACCUCUCGCUCAACGACUGCUUCGUCAAGAUCCCCCGCGAACCCGGCAACCCGGGCAAGGGCAACUACUGGACGCUGGACCCCGAGUCCGCCGACAUGUUCGACAACGGCAGCUUCCUGCGCCGGAGGAAGCGCUUCAAGCGGCAGCCGCUCCUCCCGCCCAACGCCGCUGCCGCCGAGUCGCUGCUGCUGCGCGGCGCGGGAGCCGCAGGGGGCGCGGGCGACCCGGCCGCCGCCGCAGCACUCUUCCCGCCCGCGCCGCCGCCGCCCCCGCAUGCCUAUGGCUACGGCCCCUACGGCUGCGGCUACGGCCUGCAGCUGCCGCCCUACGCGCCGCCCUCGGCCCUCUUCGCCGCCGCCGCAGCCGCGGCCGCCGCCGCCGCCUUCCAUCCGCACUCGCCCCCGCCGCCUCCGCCACCGCAUGGCGCGGCCGCCGAGCUGGCCCGGACAGCCUUCGGCUACCGGCCGCACCCGCUCGGCGCCGCCCUGCCCGGCCCCCUGCCGGCCUCCGCGGCCAAGGCAGGCGGCCCGGGCGCCUCAGCGCUGGCGCGGUCGCCCUUCUCCAUCGAGAGCAUCAUCGGGGGCAGCCUGGGCCCGGCCGCCGCUGCCGCCGCCGCUGCGCAAGCCGCCGCAGCCGCUCAGGCUUCGCCCUCGCCCUCGCCGGUGGCGGCGCCGCCCGCGCCCGGAUCCGGCGGAGGAGGCUGCGCGGCGCAGGCGGCCGUGGGCCCGGCAGCCGCGCUCACCCGCUCCCUCGUGGCCGCCGCGGCCGCCGCUGCCUCCUCCGUCUCCUCGUCCGCUGCCCUGGGGACUCUGCACCAAGGGACUGCCCUGUCCAGUGUCGAGAACUUUACUGCUAGGAUUUCCAAUUGUUAAUAACGCUAUGUUAGCCUGCUCGAGGAAGAAGGGAGAAAACGGACUUUCACGGGUUCAAAUGAAGCUGUUUGUUCCCCCCCUUGUGAAAUGUUUCAAGGAGGUUAAACCUUCUUACCUUCAAACUUCCCACUAACUCUAUAGAUACAAAUUAAAAUACUGUUAGAGCAAAAUUUUAUAUAGAAAGUUACUUUUACUCUAGCCUGGCUAAAAGAGAGGAGUCAUUGACCCCGAGAACGUCCGGACCCCACGCACCGCCUCGGGUGGAGAGGCGUUGGCAGGCGGAAUCCAAAAGGCACAGACACUGCUGGAGCGCCUGGUGGCCUUCUGUAACGCACGCAUCUGAAAUUUAGAUCUGAAAAUAAUUACGAGGAGAGACAGCCAGAACAAAACCGUGUGUAUUUUUAAUUUUUGCCCGAUGCUUGGAUGUCCCGAAAGCAGGGAAUCCUGGUUAAUCUUGUCUCCUCGUUCCUAUUCUCACGUCUUCAAAAGUGCUGGGAUAGGCCCCACAUCUGGGGGUAUCAGUGCAUUUAAGAGAAUGGCAAGAAGGCACUGGGCAAUCCAGGCCUCGCUCCAGGUCCCGGGGUUGGGGUCCCACUUUACGUGCCCCCACUGGAGACCGCAAGCCUGUUUUCAAACAGGUGGAGAGCAGCGUCAGCCCAGAGUUAAAGGAACGUGCAAAUCCAAGUCGCCUGGAUUCCGAGUGUUGCGUCCCGCCGCUCAGCUCCCCACCCUCUGGGUUUGGGGUUCCGCUCUAGGCCGUGGCCACCCUGCGGGCUUGCUCACCAGGAGGUUGAGACGGGGAAGCAGGGCCGCGGGUCGGGUCGGGUAUGAGCUGCGAGAGGUGUGGACCGCAGGCCAGGCGAGGGACGAGUGGGCCGAGGACCCUGGACAGGCUAGACAGGAGCGCGGGGCGAGCCCUGUCAGGCCGCGCCGGCGAGCAGGUGCUGGAACAAAGGCCGCCGGGCUACCGCGGCCUUUGAUGGGCAAGGACGUCU